AUGGCAAUGAGUAUAUCCAAUAUGACCCAAGUUCAUCCAGUACAAAACUCACUCCUCGGACCCCGAGUCUGCCCUCCCACUCACUCCUCGGACCCCGAGUCUGCCCUCCCACUCACUCCUCGGACCCCGAGUCUGCCCUCCCACUCACUCCUCGGACCCCCGAGUCUGCCCUCCCACUCACUCCUCGGCCCCCGAGUCUGCCCCCCCACUCACUCCUCGGCCCCCGAGUCUGCCCUCCCACUCACUCCUCGGACCCCGAGUCUGCCCUCCCACUCACUCCUCGGACCCCGAGUCUGCCCUCCCACUCACUCCUCGGACCCCCGAGUCUGCCCUCCCACUCACUCCUCGGCCCCCGAGUCUGCCCUCCCACUCACUCCUCGGACCCCGAGUCUGCCCUCCCACUCACUCCUCGGACCCCGAGUCUGCCCUCCCACUCACUCCUCGGACCCCGAGUCUGCCCUCCCACUCACUCCUCGGACCCCCGAGUCUGCCCUCCCACUCACUCCUCGGACCCCCGAGUCUGCCCUCCCACUCACUCCUCGGACCCCGAGUCUGCCCUCCCACUCACUCCUCGGACCCCGAGUCUGCCCUCCCACUCACUCCUCGGACCCCGAGUCUGCCCUCCCACUCACUCCUCGGACCCCGAGUCUGCCCUCCCACUCACUCCUCGGACCCCCGAGUCUGCCCUCCCACUCACUCCUCGGACCCCCGAGUCUGCCCUCCCACUCACUCCUCGGACCCCGAGUCUGCCCUCCCACUCACUCCUCGGACCCCGAGUCUGCCCUCCCACUCACUCCUCGGACCCCGAGUCUGCCCUCCCACUCACUCCACUGUAAACGGUUCUGGAACUCCCACUAA